GGUGCAGUGUCUGGGUCUGUGCAGGCCACCGACCGGCUGAUGAAGGAGCUCAGGGAUAUUUACCGAUCACCAAGUUUCAAGGGCGGAUACUAUGCAGUUGAACUAGUGAACGACAGCCUGUACGAUUGGAACGUCAAACUCCUGAAGGUUGACGAGGACAGCGCUUUGCACAAUGAUCUCCAGAUCCUCAAAGAGAAAGAAGGAACAGAUUUCAUCCUCCUGAACUUCUCCUUUAAAGACAACUUUCCUUUUGAUCCACCGUUUGUAAGGGUCGUGUCCCCGGUGCUGUCAGGGGGGUACGUUCUGGGUGGCGGUGCCAUCUGCAUGGAGCUACUUACAAAACAGGGCUGGAGCAGCGCCUACUCCAUCGAGUCGGUCAUCAUGCAGAUCAGUGCAACUCUGGUGAAAGGGAAGGCACGAGUACAAUUUGGAGCCAACAAGAACCAGUACAGCCUGACAAGAGCACAACAGUCCUACAAGUCCCUGGUUCAGAUCCAUGAGAAGAACG